AUGGGUUUCAAUGAUUUUGACAAGAUGAGCGGUGACGAUAUAAGACUGGUCAACGAGACUGCUCGCGAAAGGUUUCUCGAAGGUGUUGCUUUUGAUGCUGCGAAGGACGGUCAGUACAUGAAUGCAGAAUCUAGUGCCGAUGAAGAGUCCCAGGGCUUUGCCGGUAACGAAAGUGGUCGUAAAUCACGUACACCUUCUUUGGCAAUGGUAGGUGAAGAUAACCAGGACCAAUCGACUUCCGAUGAACAAGCAGAAUCUGUGGAGGAGUUCAAUAAGGAGAGCGCCAAUAUUGACGAUAAGAACGAAGAACAAAAUGACGGAUCUCCAGCAGAAGCAGGUCAACCAGCGCUAGGAAGAGUCAAGACGAGAUUUUUCUCUUCGAAAUUAUCGACUCACAGAAACAUUUUUGCUAGGAGGUUCGCUCUCAACUGUUUCCUAUUGGGCUCCCUUGCUAUAGCUAUGUUCUCUUUGUACUGGGGAGCUCUAUAUAACCAUUCUUCUGACUACCACAACGUAAAGUUCAUCGCAGUGGUAGAAGAUGACGGGGAUAUGGGUGCAGGCGUGAUACCUAUUAUGGAUUCAGCAAUUCCUCAGUUCUUCGUGUAUAAUACUUCUUCCUUUAGAGAUAAGUAUGGACAAGACGUGAACAUCUCGGAAAAGGUACACCAUUUGGUUCAUACAAAGAAAUUUUGGGGGUCAUUGAUAGUAUACCCUGGUACCACUGACGCAUUUGUGGAUUCGUUGACAACUGAUGAUGCCCCAGCUUUCAACUCCACCGAUUAUUUCGAAUUUUUCUACAAAACAGCUAGAGAUUUGUCGAACAUGAGAGCUAGUAUUGUACCUCUAUUAACUUCCAUUGAAACCACUUAUAAGAAAACUUUCUUCUACAAUGAUUAUUUCCCAAGCGUGAUAGCAAAUAUCACAAAUAUAUCGGGACCAAACUUAUCAGCCGCAGGUGAUAUGAAUUGGAAACAAAUCGACAAUAGACCAUUCACCGAUUACACAUUACUGGGUCCAAUGCAAGUCGGUUUGAUUUACUGUAUCUUGUUGACUUUCUUCCAACUUGCAUUGUUUGGACCUUUCCAUGCGAUGUUGUCCCCAUUAUUGAAACCCAAGCAUAUUAUUCUAUACAGAUUGGUAACUUCAUGGGCAACUUAUUUCUUUUUGUCAUUGUUUUUCUGUACCGUGUCAGCAAUCUUCCAUGUGGAUUUCACUCUUGCCUUCGGUAGAGGCGGGUUUGUCGUUUAUUGGAUGACUACUUGGAUCUUGAUGGGUGCUGUCGGUGGUGCGAACGAAAAUGUUUUAUCUAUCCUAUUGGCAUAUUGCCCACAGUAUUUGGGUUUCUGGUUAAUCUCAUGGAUUAUUAUUAACAUUUCUGCCUCUUUCGUUCCAUUGGUUUUGGCUAAUAGAUUCUAUCGUUACGGUUACAUGACUCCUAUUUACAAUGCUAUGGAAAUUUAUAGAGUCAUCUUCACAGAUACUUACAAGGGGGACAUGGGUAGAAACUACGGUAUUUUGGCUGCUUGGUGUGUUUUGAACACUUUGCUAUUCCCGUUCGUCAUGAAGAUCGUGGGUCAAAAAUUCAUGAAUGAUGCCAAGAAAAGAGCAAUGCAAAAAUAA